UAUCAUACUGAUUUUUGUCAUGAUUUGUUUUUAAAAAACCAUAUACUCAAAAAAUAAAAAGAAAAUCAGUUGAAAAAUAAAACAAAUUACAAUAAAAAAACGUUUACCAAAAAAAAACACAAAGCCAUGCGAAAUUGGAAGAAAGAGCCGUACAAAGAUGAUAAGAGUGGAACUAGGAGGCCAAACAACACAAUUGUCGAACCCUCAAGUAUCAUCGACAAGGAAUUUCCUAUUUUUCUGAGGAUACCCAAGCUAAAAUUCAAAACCAUGGAUCCCUUACCCAUCUCUUCCAGGGACUAUGGGUUAAUGAAGUCCUCUAAUAAGUCAUCUACUCCAUAUCCUCGUGCGGAGCAAGGAGUGGAUGCCAACUUACUAAAGGCUCGCCUCAAAAUGCGUAGUGAUUCUGAGAAUAAAAACCAUUCCGGGUUGCACAAGAAAAAACCGGAAAAACCGGAAAAGCUGGAAGAUGGAAGCCCAAGUAUCAGCGAUGCAAGCUCUCAUUGGACGAAACCCACGAAUAAAUCGAAGCUGUCCGUCACCGUAAUUCGUCGGCAAUCGCUGACUAAGAAUAUCCGGGAUAUAGUUUCCGUUGGAACUCCGCAUCCCAAAAAGGGCGUGGCCUUGAAUGCCAAGGUACUUGACAGGCGGCUGACCGAUUUAGGCGAUCUAAUAAAGAAAACAAACGAUUUGAGCGAACAGUCAAUGGUAAACUCCGUUAAGCCGAAGGGGCCAAAAGCGAAAAGAAGGGUUCUUCUGGCAACGCCCGUCGAAAGUCGAGAAUCGGAGAUUUCGUCCGGAGCAUCGCCAGAUGGAGAAGUGGUCGGUGGGAGUGUUACCCAGGCCAACUACGACGCCACGUUGGGCUCGAUUAUAGGGGAAUUGCAGGACCCGCAGCUGAGUUUCGCAGAGCGACGAAGGAUUUCCCAGGAGGGUGAGUACACCAUUGCGAAAAACGGUCGGAAAAUGAGCGAUGUGAUGAUGGCGGUUCCAUCAGCGGAUGAGGAGGUUUUCGACAAUAGUGUGCAUUUCGCAGAGAAAGCCAGUUUGGAAAUUGAGAAGUUUAUGAGAUCCCAAGGCCUGGUGAAGAUAUCCAACGAUCAGGUUACCAUGACCAGAAAUCUCACACGUGCAUCGGCACAGCUAAGCCAGGUGGGUUCCCCUUAUGGAAAGCCCGUAACUUCUGGUCACGAGAGGGAUUUCUUGUAGCUUAGCUAGCACGAUUGCCAAAGGAUGAGAGUCUUCUUCAUCUGCAGCACUCCUGCUAGUUAGAGGUACAAGACUUCGGUGUGGUGUCUGAAUUGUUCAACACUUUGGAUUUUGUAUUGUGUAAAUUCUUAAAACAUGUUUAAGAUAUUGGAAUAAAACAAGGGUAUUCAAUUAUUAGAAGCUCCAUAAUACAAACGAAA